CGGCGGCAUGCGGAGUAGUUGCCGUGUGUCUCUCUUCUCUUCUCGACUCGUUUUCUCUUAAACCGCCGCCGGGUGUUUUCGGCUGUCUCCUGCAUUUUUCACACAGUGCUGUGUGCGCCGUGGUCGAGAAGCGCCCAGCGACCAGCCACUCGCACGCUUCAUCUGUGACUCGUCUGCUUGCGACGACGACCGCUGAUAACGGACUGUCUUCUUCAUAUUCGCCGCAUCUUCGGCGAUCUUCUUCUCACCCCGACCUCCACUCAACGGUGCACCAUGAGGACUACAGUGCUGGCGGUCACGGUAUUUGUGACUAUCGCUGCAGUGUCCGCAUCUAGGUCGGCGCGGCAGACGCACUACCAGCCCAGCGGUGGUGCGACAAGCCGGGGAUCGGCUGCCGGCGGCUACGACGCCUACCAGCCCCAGCAGGCGCAAGCGCAGUCCUUCAGGCCACAGGUGCAGGCGGCGCCGCAGCAGGCCUACGACCAGUCCGCCUAUCAGGGACAGCCAGCUCCGCGGGGAAGGGCCACGGUGCAGUCCUUCGGCGGCGGACUCGCCAGGCCCACCCAGCAGUCCCAGUCGCAGGGAGGACAACAGUCCCAGAGCGAGGAGGAGGAGGAGGAGAAGCCCAACCCGCUGACGCUUCUGCUGGAGAAGUCGACGUUCACCUGCUCGAGCAAGACGGACGGCUACUACGCGGACAACUCGGUGAAUUGCCAGGUGUUCCACUACUGCGUCGCCGGUGCCAAGCACUCGUGGAUGUGCCCCGAAGGAACUGUGUUCCACCAAGUGCACCUGAACUGCGUGCCCGCCAGCCAGGAUAUCUGCAACAGCGCCGAGAAGUUCUUCUUCGUUAACGACUACCUGCACAAGGAGCUGGAGUCCCGUGGUCCCAACAACACCGUGCUCUACGCCCAGCGUUACUACCCCGAGGGAUACGUGCUGGGUGACCCCUUCACAGUGCCCUCUGCAGGCCAGAACCCCCGCCCUCAGGGACUCGUUCAGCCAGCCCAGUACGAGCCUCAGUCCCAGCCACAGGUCCCACCCAGGCAGCCCUUCCGUGGACAGGCCGCCUCCCCUCGUGGACCCCCUGCCCAGUUCCAACCCCAGCAGUUCCAGCCACAGGCGCCUCCACAGUACAGCUCCCAGCAGCCUGCCGCAGCUCCCGCACAGUUUGGAGGAGCCCAGCCCAGCCGAGGAUCCAGUGGCAGCGGCUUUGGCUUUCCCCCAACACGCACCUACAUAAUCCCAGCUCCCAACAAGGCGCCAGCAUCAGACGCAAACCCCUCCUACCUCUACCGCCAGGGUGCUGCCUCCAAUUCGGCCCAGUCCCACCAGAGUUCAGUCAAGUACGACGACGACUACUGAGCACCACAAGAACAGUCAAUGCAACCUGAAUGGAAGUGGCUUCUGAACCUCUCAUCGUUUCAUCACAAACCUCCAGCCAUGGCUUCCUUUGUGUGACUGGCAAGAAAUAACCCAACAGGACAGUGCCGCAAGGGACCGCCCGGCACACAUUUUGCAACAUAUCAAGGUCCCAGUGCUUGCUAAGACAAGGACUCUACACUGUCUAGCCAGCAGCUUUUUCUUUGUGUGUGUGUCUUCAGUGCAAGGCGACGAUCAGAGUCUCUCCUGCAGCAAUGUAAGCUGACGCAAAGCCAAGACAAGCCACCUCCAUCUGACUGAAGAUCAGAGUCUGGCUAUGAAAAUGUGUUGUUUCAUUUCUCCUCUUAUAGCUUGCUUUCCUCUCCGUUUGCACCAGCUGGACUGCCAGACACUGCUGCCGUGUUCAUGCGGCACAGUGACUAAUAAUUUCCAGACAUGCACAUAGCACAGCACACAGCAUUUCACACUGCUUUUGUUUGCAAGACAGAAAGCACGUGAAUGAAGUGAAAGCGGGGGGGGGGGGGGGGGGGGGGGUCUUUCUGUGCACAUAAGAAGCAGCAGUAAUUAUGUAACUCAGAUACUCAAAAAGCAGAACAUGACAUAAACAUGAAAAGUUAUAAAGGAUUUCAGGGUCACAUAAAUGCAGUGUAAGCUAGCUUGAAAGAAAGAUUUAAGAAAUGCAGAAUGCCACAUUCAGCGCAGAACGCCACUAGCAUUAUUGUAGAUGUGACAGAUAUGAAGCCUAAAGCACUGCAGCUUCGUGGCAUGCUUUUACGAGAGCGCAUUCACAGUCUUCAGCCUGCUCUGUCUGCAGGCCAAACAAAGUUGCGUGCACUGUUACUGCUAGUGAGAACGGAUAUAUAUGUAUAAAUACAUACAAUGUUUUUCAUCAUAAACAAGCGGAAUAUGUCUACUGGAACUGUACAUUCUGGAACAAAAUGAUAGCGUGUUUUUUAAAAUAAAGUUGUGUUGUCACAA